AUGAACCGUACACCACCGUAUAAGGUUUCUUUAAGGGCACAAGAUCUACGGGGUUUUGAACUUUUAAACAGUCUGUGCGCCGUGGAAAAGUAUGGCGAGUUAUUGUCGUAUUUGGAAGCCCAGCUGCGACGGGGCUGGCUGCUCGAUAAAUUGUUUGUGGUGCCACCUGCAGACGUCUUGAUUGUGUUGAUGACGCUCGCUGUGAUACCGCAUUCUGGAAACAGCGAGCGGGAGGUCAAAAUGGACCCCUGCAGCGUUAUAAAGACGUCCAUUAGUACCCGCAGCUUGAAAAUCCUGACCCAUUACGUCGACAUUUUGCACAGUUUCGAGCCAGAUGUUAUGUUAGACCACAGUGUCGAAUUACUGCGUUGCCAGUUUUUCAUCGUGUUGGACCAUUUUAAAAUUCCCAAAUCGCAUGCUUUGUCCGAGGGGUACAGGGACUCUCAAAAACGCAGGAAAACCAAUCCGAGUAUUCGUCUUGAAGACACCCCAUACUUUGGUACGAUCAAGGCCGCUAUUCCCGGCUAUAGCAACCCAUAUGGCACGUAUGUGAGCGUAUUAGAGCACUCACCUCUAGUUUUCAAAAAUAUAGUCCUAACAACGGUGUUGGCGCAUGAAGGUGAAUUUUGGAACAGUGUGACUUGGACACUUUUUUGCUCAAUAUCUGAAGAUCCACAUCUUUUCGAAAGAAGCAAAAAGUGGGUCCGAUUAUUUUGUCUGCUCUUUGAUUUGUUCGAGCUGCAAAGUGUUUAUUUCGAAGAGCUAAUCGUCCCAGGAAGUCAUUUGCUAUUCGAUCUUUUCCGCUCCCUAAGCUCAAGUGACACAUAUUCUGCGCUUUGCGACAUUCUUUUGCUGGGAUUUGAGUGCUUUACAGCUGGUGACGUCAAUGUCCAUGCAGUUUAUGGAAAGGAAAAAUAUACGCCUGCUACAUUUGUGCCUCGGACAGUCACCGACCAGUCUUCAAGAUUUGUGGAGUCUAUGGCCUUCCGUCACCGUCUGCUUCGCUCAUUCACCAGGUUGCUCGACUCAAGGGGUGCGGAAAUGCAGAGCACAUGUCAGGUUUUUUCAGAAGCUCGAUUCGUCACAACACUGUCAAGACAUCUCAGCCGGAUUAAGAAUCUUGAGCAUCUAAAGCAGUUCUUCUGCGUUGCAGAUUUAAGGUCCUUUUUUGCCAUUAUGCCUCACAUUGCACAAGCUACUCUCAACGAGUAUCUCGCUGACUUAGAGCAGCAUCGCCAAAUUUCUCUAGUUGAAAAUUUGGGCGGCGAUGACACAAUGAUAGACGACCUCAUCGAAUUAUUUGUACCAGGUUUCCCGUUUCUGGAUGAACAGACGGAUCAACCGCUUACAACCACCUACAUGCUGAUUGAAAAGUGCGAUAUAUGUCUGCUUGUAGUUUUGCGGUACUGGGAACAUGUUCAUAAAUCAAGUCGCAUAAGGACUAGGAAAGGUUUCCCACAUCUUUUAGAUACCAUCCGUCUUAAUGAUCAAAGAAGAAUAGAAACUACGAGAAUUAUGAACUGCGAUGAUAUAACAAUACCUCCGCUUUUGCCCAACUUUGAAAAGCUUUUUGGUCUAUGA